AUGAAACCCAGCGGGAUACCCUUCUCUCGAUGGAUUCUGGUUCUCUGCGUCUGGAUAGCCCUAGCCGAUACCUCCCUGGCAUCGCUUGGUGACAGACUGCCGGAAUUUAAGGACUGCCUCGAGGUAGAAGCUAUUCCUAGCUGCAAGAAAGAGCACUGCGAGACAGGGCAGACUUCUCUCCCGAUACAUCUUCGGCUCCUGCUCUGGGACUGCCCUUCAAACUGCGAUUACUCCUGUCAACAUGUUGUAACCGACCAGCGGCUGGCCAGAGAUCCUCCAAUGCUUGAACCUAUUGUCCAAUAUCACGGAAAAUGGCCGUUCCACCGAGUCAUGGGCAUUCAGGAACUCUUCUCGACCCUGUUCUCCCUUUUCAACUACCUCGCCCACUACCGCGGUAUACAACAGGUGAAAAAACGCAUUCCUCAGACUUACCCGCUACGAAAAUACUACAUCUGGUUCGGCUACAUUGGGCUGGCAAGCUGGACGUUCAGCAUGAUUUUCCACACGAGGGACUUUCCCCUAACAGAAAAACUUGACUAUUUCGCGGCAGGGGCUAGCGUGUUGUACGGUUUAUAUCUGGCUGUCGUAAGGAUAUUUCGCCUGGACAAGCUCCGGCCACACUACAAGCCGUCGCUUUUACGAGGAUGGACGCUCUUUUGCGCGAUACUGUAUACCAUGCACGUCUCGUACCUCAGCUUUUGGUCCUGGGACUACACGUACAAUAUGGCUGCCAACGUCGCUGUGGGAAUCAUCCAGAAUUUGAUGUGGACUGCCUUUAGCUUCAAGCAAUAUAAACGAUACACGAAGUCUUGGACGGCAUGGCCAAGUAUGAUCGUUGGAUGGGUGAUUUUGGCUAUGAGCCUUGAGCUCCUGGACUUCCCUCCGAUUGGCGGGCUAAUCGAUGCCCACAGCUUAUGGCAUUUAGGCACAGUUAUCCCCGCCAUAUGGUGGUAUGCCUUUCUUAUCCGGGACGCAGAGUUUGACAUGGCCGGGGAACGCCUGCGCGCUUAA